GCACGUACAGCCCGUCCACACCGUGUCCUGGGACACCCCAGUCAGCUGCAUGGCUUCCCUGGGCCUGAGCCCCUGGGUCCCUUUGUUGACCCCAGCCCCUACUGUGCAGCUGCUGCUGUUACUGCUGCUCCUAGUGUCCGCUCAUCCCCAGAGCCUGUCCGGGAUGCAGGGGGUGCCCUCCUUGGGAGAAAGUUCAUCUGGGGAGGAUGAUCUGGGCGUGGAGGAUCUGCCCAGCGAAGAGGAUACACCUGGAGAGGCGGAUCCACCCGGUGGGGAGGAUCCACCUGAAGUUAAUUCUAAAGCCAGAAAGGAGGAUUCCCUCGCCUUAGAGGACCUACCGACUCCUGAGGCUCCUGAGAACAGGCAAGGUUCCCACAGGGAUGAAAAAGGGGGUGGCCACAGUCUUUGGAGCUAUGGAGGCACCCUACUCUGGCCCCAGGUGUCCCCAGCCUGUGCUGGCCGCUUUCAGUCCCCUGUGGACAUUCGUCUGGAGCUCACCUCAUUCUGCCGCACUCUGCAACCCCUGGAACUACUGGGUUAUGAGCUCCAGUCUCUCCCGGAACUGAGCCUGUGCAACAAUGGCCACACUGUACAGCUGACUCUGCCGCCCGGGCUGAAGAUGGUUCUGGGACCUGGGCAGGAAUACCGGGCCCUGCAGUUGCAUCUACACUGGGGAACUUCAGAUCACCCAGGCUCAGAACACACAGUCAAUGGCCACCGGUUCCCUGCUGAGAUCCAUGUGGUUCACCUCAGUACAGCCUUCUCAGAACUUCAUGAAGCCUUGGGACGCCCAGGAGGCCUGGCGGUUUUGGCUGCCUUUCUGCAGGAGAGUCCAGAAGAAAACAGUGCCUACGAACAGUUGCUGUCCCACUUGGAAGAAAUCGCAGAGGAAGGCUCCAAGAUUGAGAUCCCAGGUUUGGAUGUAUCUGCACUGUUGCCCUCGGACCUCAGUCGCUACUACCGAUAUGAAGGGUCUCUGACCACACCUCCCUGCAGCCAGGGUGUCAUCUGGACUGUGUUCAAUGAGACAGUGAAGCUGAGUGCUAAGCAGCUCCAUACGCUCUCCGUUUCCCUGUGGGGACUUCGUGAUUCUCGACUACAACUGAACUUCCGAGCCACACAACCUUUGAAUGGGCGAACGAUUGAGGCUUCCUUCCCUGCUGUAGCGGACAGCAGCCCUGAGCCAGUUCAUGUGAAUUCCUGCCUCUCUGCUGGUGACAUCCUAGCCUUGGUGUUUGGCCUUCUCUUUGCUGCCACCAGCAUCGCCUUCCUCCUACAGCUGAGGAGGCAGCACAGGCACAGAAGUGGGACCAAAGAUGGAGUUACCUACAGCCCUGCGGAAAUGACAGAAACUGGGGCCUAAUGAGGAGAAGCCAGCUAAAGGAGUCUGGGAACCUUUAUACAGCGGCUUCUCCGUAACCACGUAACCACGAAGAACUCAUUUCCAUCUUUUUUUUUUUUUUCUUUUUUUUCUGGAGCUGGGGACCGAACCCAGGGCCUCGAGCUUGCUAAGCAAGUGCUCUACCGCUGAGCUAAAUCCCCAACCCCUCAUUUCCAUCUUUUUAACUUUCUUCCUUUCCUUAAACGAUGGCGAUAAGAACUUAACAGUGAAAACAGCCAAGAUUGGACUCAAUUCUCACUGGGUUUUGAGGAUUUUUUAAGACAGAGUUUUUCCGUGUAGCCCUGGCUGUCCUCAAACUCACUCUGUAGCCUAGGCUGGCUUUGAACUUGCCUGUGCCUUCUUAGUGCUGGGAUAGAGGGUAUCUACCACUACCACCACCCCACAACUCUUGCUCUUACUAUGCUCUACCACUGAGGCAUACACACCCCUUGAUCUUAACUGUGGAGUCAGGCUGGCCUUGAACUGUGUGUGUCUAGUGGUGGAGUUUGAACCCAGGGUCUUGUUCCUACUAGACAAGUGCUCUAUCACUGACCUAAACUUCCAGUCCCUUCCCUAGAGCCCUAUUCUCCUGUCCCAGCCUCUUGAAUGCUGGGAUUACGGGCAUGCGUCAUCAUGCCUGGCUCAUCCCAAUUAUUUAAAGAAAUAUAUAUAUAUAAAUCUUCCUAAUAAAA